AUGGCUACCAUGGACCCUUAUCUUCUGUCAUUCCUGGCCUUUAUUACUUCCGGCUACACAUCGGUCCCUACUUCCGGCAUCUCUAUAUCAACCUCACUUGAUCUCCGGUCGGUGGAAAAAGUGACCUAUGUCAAGAGGGAAAGCAGCAGCAUGUCUGUCAACUGGUCAGAUGAUUCUUCCACGGCUGGGAAACGGUCGAAAAUUAUCCAUAACCUUCACGCAGCAGUGACCAAUAAUUGGGAUAUUGAUGGUGGUUUGGCUGCAGACUUUGAUGGUUCCCUGUCUGGUCUCGGAUCAGAGUUGGGUACGGGGACAUAUAACAUGAGUGAAGCUCUUCUGGCUCUUCCUGUCUUCAAGCAGGAAAAUCUAGAGAAUGGAUUUCAAUAUGUUCUUGGUGCUGCCACGUCUCCUGCUGUUAAAAUAAACGAGGAAACAUUGACAUAUUUAAACCAAGGACAAUCCUAUGAAAUUAAACUGAAAAAACUUGGUGAUCUCUCAAAUUUCAAAGGCAAAUACCUCCGAAGUGUUGUGAAAGUUUGUUUCCACGAGCGACGACUUCAAUAUAUGGAAAAAGAACAGUUGGAACUGUGGCGGCUUACACGACCUGGUGAACGCUUGCUUGACAUUGAUGUCCCAUUGUCAUAUGGAUUAAUUGAUGUCCGCUUAGACCCAAACAAAUUGAAUGCUGCUGAGUUUAUUUGGGAUCCGACAAAAGAGACUGGAGUGUACAUUCGUGUGCAUUGUAUUAGCACAGAAUUCACUCCCAAGAAACAUGGAGGGGAGAAAGGUGUCCCAUUCCGAAUUCAAGUGGAGUCUCACACUUCAGGGGAGGGAGAUAGCAAGUUGCUUCAUUGUGCCUCUUGCCAAGUUAAAGUCUUUAAGCCAAAAGGUGCUGACAGAAAACAUAAAACUGACCGUGAGAAAAUGGAAAAAAGAUCUGAAGCAGAAAAGGAAAAAUACCAGCCUUCAUAUGAAUGUACAGUACUUACAGAGAUACCCUUUCGGAGGGUUGCGGAUAAAAAAGAAUAUUUUACAGAGAUGAACAACCCUGAGAAUGGCGGAGAGAUUCCAUUGGAGCAGAUUAUCAAUGCACAAAUCAACAGUUUUGCCUUAAGCCCAGAUGCCUCUUUCAGUAACCUGUCCAAUAGCAGUUCACUUUCAGAAGUGAGGGCCACGUUGGGCAUCAACCAACAGGUGUGCACAGUAGAUUCAGGGAUAAUACAGACUGUUUCUGCCCCGAGCAUUGGCAACCCCAGUACCUCAGUAUCUUCUGCUAGCAACCUUAGCUCUCCCACUUCUGUGACUGCUGCACCAUCUACAAGUCGUAAACUGUCCAAUGAGAUUGUAGAGCCAGUAAUCCAGGCUCUCACUGGGGAAGCCACAGCUCCAGAAGUCACAUCAUGGCUACAUCAGAAUAGAUUUGCUAGUUAUGUGCACUUAUUCCAAAAUUUUUCAGGUGCUGAUCUACUUCGGCUAUCACGUGAUGAUCUCAUUCAAAUUUGUGGUUUGGCUGAUGGAAUUAGGUUGAACAAUGCCUUACAAGCCAGGUGUGUGAGGCCAAGGUUAACAAUAUUUGUUUGUCAGGAAGGGGACCAUGCUUAUCAUGCAGUUUUUCUUGACAACCCAACUUCCAGAGAAAUAACACAAAAAUUGGCUGAUCUCUUUACCCUGGAAGUUCAUCAAAUCUCAGAGAUGUUCUGGCAAGGGCCAUCAGGAAUCCAUAUAGUUGUCAAUGAUGAGGUAGUUCGCAAUUUUCAAGACCAAUCCCGUUUUCUUAUAUCAGCAAUUAAAGUUUUUGCAGAUAAUAACAAUGACAUCUACAAGAUAUUGCUGAAAGACCUCCGAUAA